AUGGCCCAGUCGUACCCACGGGGUGUCCCGACCCGGCCCGCCACCGUCUUGGGCGCCAUGGAAAUGGGGCGCCGCAUGGACGUGCCCAGCAGCGGCGCGGCCGUGCGCACCUUCUUGCAGCACGGCCACACCGAGAUCGACACGGCUUUCGUGUACGCCGACGGCCAGUCAGAGAGCAUCCUGGGCGGUCUGGGGCUCGGACUGGGCGGCAGCGACUGCAAAGUAAAAAUUGCUACCAAGGCCAAUCCAUUGGAAGAAAACUCACUGACGCCUCACAGCCUCCGGUUCCAGUUGGAGACGUCCCUCAAGCGGCUGCAGUGUCCCCGAGUGGACCUGUUUUACCUGCACAUGCCGGACCAUGGCAUCCCCGUGGAAGAGACGCUGCGCGCCUGCCACCAGCUGCACCAGGAGGGCAAGUUCGUGGAGCUCGGCCUCUCCAACUAUGCCGCCUGGGAGGUGGCCGAGAUCUGUACCCUGUGCAGGAGCAACGGCUGGAUCCAGCCCACCGUGUACCAGGGCAUGUACAACGCCACCACCCGGCAGGUGGAGACGGAGCUCCUGCCCUGCCUCCGGCGCUUUGGACUGAGGUUCUACGCCUACAACCCUCUGGCUGGAGGCCUGCUGACCGGCAGGUACAAGUAUGAGGACAAGGACGGGAAACAGCCCGAGGGCCGCUUCUUUGGGAACAGCUGGGCAGAGGUCUACAGGAAUCGCUACUGGAAGAAGCACCACUUCGAGGGCAUCGCUCUGGUGGAGAAGGCCCUGCAGACCCAGAGGGAUGUGUACAACAUCAAGGCCCCCAGCCUGGCCUCAGCUGCCCUGCGGUGGAUGUACCACCACUCCCAGCUCCAGGGCCUCCGCGGGGAUGCGGUCAUCCUGGGCAUGUCCAGCCUGGAGCAGCUGGAAGAGAACUUAGCAGCCGUCAAGGCAGGGUGUCUGGGGUCGGCUGUCGUGCAGGCCUUUGAUCAGGCCUGGCGCCUGGUCGCCCACGACUGUCCCAACUACUUCCGCUAG